AGGCUGAUCAUAUUGUUUUGCCCUAAACAAACAUGGUGGAUCAUGCUUUCUAUGGCUAAAACGCCGCUUAACGUGUAUGUAUCACAUGAUCUGCAUACGGAAAUACUUGCUAUGUCUGAGACAGUGUGACAGGGGCAUGAUGGUGGACAAACAAAAAUCAUGUUUUGGACUUUACUGUGGAAAAUCCAUUCUUGCAUUUAAUGGGACUGAAAUCUAUGGAGAUUGUGGGGUGUGCCCAAGAGGUCAGAGGUCAGAUGAAGCUAAAAUCUGUCGCCAGUGCAUGGAGUAUCCUGAGCUUUAUGACUGGCUAUAUCUGGGAUUUAUGGCCAUGCUGCCGCUGAUCUUACAUUGGUUCUUCAUUGAAUGGUAUUCUGGAAAAAAGAGUUCCAGCGCACUUUUCCAACAUGUAACGGCUUUGGUAGAAUGCACUGUAGCUGUGCUCAUCACGUUACUUGUGAGCGAACCUGUCGGAUAUCUGCACAUCCAUUCCUGCAGAGUAAAGAUGCUGUCUGACUGGUAUACGAUGCUUUAUAAUCCGAGCCCAGACUAUGUCACUACUCUGCACUGUACACAGGAAGCAGUGUAUCCGCUGUACACUAUUGUCUUUAUAUACUACGCCUUUGCCUUGGUACUAAUGAUGAUCCUCAGACCUCUCUUGAUUAAGAAGAUUGCAUGUGGCCUGGGGAAAACAGACCGGUUUAAAAGCAUCUACGCAGCUCUGUAUUUCUUUCCUAUUCUAACUGUGACCCAGGCUGUCGGAGGUGGUCUGCUUUAUUAUGCCUUCCCUUAUAUAAUUCUGGUAUUAUCCCUAAUCACCCUGGCUGUUUAUAUGUCUGCUUCUGAGAUAGAGUCUUUCAAGGAUCUACGUGUAAGGAAAAAACGUCUGGUUGUUCUGUUCAGCCACUGGUUGCUUCAUGCAUAUGGCAUCAUCUCCAUCUCAAGAGCAGAUAAAUUUGAUCAGGACUUGCCUCUUCUGGCUCUAGUACCAGGACCUGCUCUCUUCUACCUACUAACCGCCAAAUUUACAGACCCAUCACGGAUACGGUUGGAAGAAGGCAGCGGUCAUUAGCGGCACAAAAAAACACUAACGGCUACAAAGUGUUAAUGAUCUACAUUUGUACUCUGAGCUGCUCAUAGCCUGCACCAUUCCAGGCAGCAUGAUCUAGGUGUGCUGACCCUGCACAUAGUUUUAUUUAUCCUUUGGUUUGGGGGGGAUAUAACGGACGUUCUUCAACAGACAGUUUUUCUU